AUGGCGAUCGCGGCUGUCGGUCAAAUCUGUUCCACGGCCUCUCUGUCCCACAACCUAGAGCAGUGCGUGAGGCUCGUCGCCAAGGCCGCUGUCGGUGGUGCCAAAGUCCUCUUCCUCCCCGAAGCCGCAGAUUACAUCGCCUCAAGCCCGCAAGAGUCCCUCUCCCUAGCCCAACCGCAAUCCCAGUCCCCCUUCGUCCUCGGUCUCCAGGAAGCAGCAAAGACCCACUCCGUCGCCGUGAACGUCGGCAUCCACGUCCCCACAACAGACGCCCAGAAGCCGGCCGGAGCAGCAGCCGUAGACGACGCCGCCACCACCACCACCACCACCACCACUCCGAAGCUCCUCAACC